AGGCCCAAGGGCAUGUUUAUUGUUUUGUUGACGUUUUGGUUUUGAUGUCUUGCUCUUGCUUUGCUUGAUAGACAUUAUUGCAUUGUAUUGUUUUGUUUUUGUUUUUACCCAAUUCCGUUUCCAUUUCUUUCCAUCUUAUUUGGAGGUUGUUGUUGAUUAUUUUCAUACUGAGUCAUGGUUCUCUGUGGUCAGCGUUCUUUAAUUUCUAAGCAAAGUAAAGUGAAGGAAACAGGAAACUGAAAGUAAAGAAUGAAGUGUUAUCAUUGUGGAUGUUUGAAUGUUAAAUAUUGUCACUCUGUCUGUUGGCCUAUCUAAUCAUUGUCAUACUCAGGGAAGUCCUCAUGAAUCAGUUCAAUGACGAAUAAUUGGGUAGACAACCAACCAUAGACAGAAAUAUAGAUUUUUGUCUGUCCAGUGUUUUUACAAGAGCACUUAGCCCAUCUGGGUUGCCCACCUAAAAAGAAAAAUUGUCAACACUUACAACUUGAGAAACCUCAAGAAAAAGACUACAGAAAUGACUGACAUGAAUAGCUCAUCUCCUUCUCUCCUAACAUUUGAGGUGAUUUCUACACGAACAAUAAAUGACCCAACAAAAUAUGUGAAAAAUUGUCAACACUUACAACUUGAGAAACCUCAAGAAAAAGACUACAGAAAUGACUGACAUGAAUAGCUCAUCUCCUUCUCUCCUAACAUUUGAGGUGAUUUCUACACGAACAAUAAAUGACCCAACAAAAUAUGUGGUAUACAGUAUCAGAGUGUUGAGGAAAGGCCCCACACCUGACAACCAUUCAUGUUUGUUAGAAAGGAGAUACACAGAGUUUUUAGAGCUGUACACUAAACUGCGUCAAGAAUUCCCUGACAUAUUUUCUUCUGUUGAAUUUCCAAAGAAAGCUAUGGUUGGAAAUUUUUCUGCUGAAACAAUAGCUUCCAGGAGUACUGCCUUUGAAUAUUUAUUAACUUUGCUUGUCAGUCAUGAUAAGGUCAGAGAGUCGGCUACAGUUAUGGACUUUUUCCUAAUAAAAGAGUUGACAGAUUCUCUGAAGAUGAUCAGUGACAAAAAAUAUAGUGAGGCAGCGGUGGUGCUGGAAAACAGUUUUUAUCUGCUCAACAAGCUGCUGACACCUAGACAUCCGCAGUUACUGCGGUUGUUGUGUCUGCUGGUCGGUUGCUGCGACGCUGCGAUUUCACAACAGACAAGACACUUUGCCAUGACUGCGGUGCAACGGUUUGAAGCUGUCAGUGACACUGACUUACUCAGGUACUACGUGCCUUUGCUGCAGUUGACUGCCACUUUGCUGCAGAACGGGGACAAAGAGUUGCUGCAGGAACGCCUCUGCUGCAUGAAGCGUAGAGGGAUGCGAGUGGACGGUUGUCCCUCUUUGUUGGAAGCUGUUCUAUCUGAUCUGUCGUAACAUAAGGCAUGAGCUUCCUAUAGGAAAAAGUCUUCUAAUUAUUCAAUCCUGUACUCGUUUAAAAGUGUUUUACCCAAAACAACAUUUUAACACACUAGGGAAGGGAUAAGUAACUGCUCAUACAUUUCCAGAAAUAUGCAGGAUAUUUAUCUUCUGUUUUACUUUAAAUGGCCGUUUGAAAAAUCCAAUUUCUGCAUGUGAAUUCGGUGUGGUGAUAGUUUUAGAGAUUAUUUAUUUUAUAAACAUUGGACAUUUUAAAUUUAAUCUUGGAUAGGAUUUUUUACUAAUAGUUUGCUAUCAUUCUUCCACAAUUGAUUACAGCAGACUAUCUUGAUCAGAUUCAUUCGGAUAUAAGCUCAUUCAGAAUUAAUAAUAUCAGAAGUUAAUUUUGUUUAAUUGGUAGCCUAUGCUACAACGACGCAUUACAAACACAAAUUAUUAAAAUGAACAAUAAAUAAAUAAAACAUCUCUACAUUGCUGUAAAAACUGAUACUUUUUCAUGCGACAAGGGCUUAAGUCUAGGUCAUGUGCAAAGAGUUUUUUUCAAAGUGUUAUACUAAAAUCAGAAUCAAAUAGAUCCAAAUAAUAGAAAGUAUAUUGUAUGACAUUAAUGAUUUUGCCAAGCUACUCCAAUCAGUUCUGUAAUAGUCCCAUAAUCUGAAUCAUUUUGUGUUUAGGUUUCAUAAUUGUGUGCAUAAGUUUCAUUUUGUAUUUAAUUUGAAUUAAACCUAAUCUGGCCUAAAGUCAUGUUUACACGAGACCAGUUGGCGGCCAGGUUACUUGCCUCAAGUAACUUAAAAUACAUUAGAGGCAAUUAACCUAUCCAGUAAGCUAUUUAUAUUGAAUGCAUACCUUUUGCGGAUUUUAAGAUAUCUAAUAGACUCUAUUUAAGUUACCAGCUGUUCUGCUUGUAGUCAAAUACCACAAUUAACGGCUAAAAUUGUAAAAAGCCUUUGUUUGUUUCUAGUAUUUUACCUUUGACUAUUUUACUAAAUGUUGAUCUUUUGUGUUUCCUUGAUUUUGUUUAUGAAAUUCUCUUUCUUGGGACUAGUUUUAACAGUUGAUGGUUUCUCAAUUUAAUUUGUACAUUGUUUACUGAGAAUCUCUUUAAUUGCAAGGAUUCUAUACUGUGCCAAAGAGCCAUUGAUUGUUUUACCACCAAGCUUUGUAUUCCUUUAUUGUUUGAUAUUGUAAAUGGAUAUAAGUGUUUUCAUAAAGGCUGACCAGUAUGUGAGAAAUUAUUUAACAUAUUUGAGUUUUUUUCUUCUUUAAACUUGUACAUUAAUUGUCUGGUGAUCUGUGAUUAUUAUUGCAAGAUAAUGUUUUACUGCCAUGUAACACAUGGAAUAUUUUACUAGUUUGUGUUGUAGCUUUGAGUUUGUUAUAGGGUCAACCGGGGCUAAUAUGAACACACCAAAAUAUUGGGGCUAAUAUGAACAAUGACUUAAAAACUCAUUUAUCUGGGAUUUUUAAUCAUGAAAAAAAUAUAAUUAGAAAGGAAAUUUAUUGUAUUUUUUGUGUCCAUAAUGAGAAAACUUCAAAUUUGACUUUUAGGUACUUUAAAAAAAUACUUUGUUAAAACACUUUUUUUCCGCCCAAAAAACUUUUCCGCGCAAAGUGAAAACUUUUGUUAUAACAAUUUUUACAUUGGUUGUAGGAAUAAUCUUAAGCCUGAAUUUUGUUAAAUAAGAAUUGGGGAUUAUUUUUCUUUUCCCAAAGUUAAAAUAUAUUAAUAACAGCCAAAGUUAUUAUCUUUCAAAGUUGGGGGGCUAAUGUGAACAGUGAAUGGGGGCUAUUGUGAACAGUGACAUCACGAGUGAAGAAUGGAUUAAAAUUACCACCGAGCAGAUUUUAAAUGAUGCAAAAAACAACAAACCAAAAGGAACUGGGCCUAAAAAUGUUGACCUAAAGCGGAAGAAAGCAGCACCAGAAAAUAGGCCUACUAAACCUAGAUGCAAAGGGUUAAAAUUUGUUAAAGAAUACAAAAGAAUUAGGCCUAAAUUCCGCAUUGAGAGCAGCGACAGUGAGGACAGUCUAGGAGUAGCGGAUUUGAACGACAUAAUUCAACCCUCAGAAUUAGAUUAUCAAGAUCUAGACAGCCCAGAAAAUCUAAAGGUUGGUGACUUCAUUUUAGUAAAAUGCAAAGGUGGAAGCCGCCAAAGUACCACCUUCCGCUAUGUCGCUACAGUGUUAAAAACACUGGCUGACGGGGAGAUCGAAGUGAUGGGAUUUAAAUUCUGUGAUGAGGAAAAAAAAUCAUUCCUGAAAAAAGAAGAUGAUAUAUUUAUUGUUUCUACCACUGACAUUUUGGGGAAACUUCCAGCCCCUAAUGUAUGUGGAACCAGUGAUAGACAUAAGUAUGUCUUCGACAAAAUUGUCGAAGUUUUUGAGGCGUAAGUUCCUCAAUAAACUUCUUUGAAGGCCUUACAGUGAUAAAACAGUUUUAAUUUUACAAAGACAACAGUUAAGGUGUUGAAUAGGCCUAGCCCACAUUUUUAUAUUUACCUAAUAGGCCUAAAAGUGCAAUAAACUGUCAUUUGCCUAAACGAACAAUUUGCAUUGUCUUAAAUUAUAGUUUUUUUAAGUGCUUUAAACAAUUUGUAUGUGGAAGAAAUUUUUAAUAAAUACUCAGGUAUGUUGACAGAUAAUUGUUUUCUUGUUUAUAUCUUAUUAUUAGCCCUGUAUAAUAUUUAUAAAUGGUUUUAAAAAAAAAGGGUUACCGUAGGGCGACCCGCGGCUCUCCAAAGAUACCUUCAUAUCUCAAAAACUAUUUAAGAUAAAAUAGAGACUUAUUGCAACUGGUAGACUAGACCCUAGGAUUGUUCACAACAGCCCCCACAUAUGCCUAGUGUUGUAAAUAACAGAGUUAUUAAGAGUGUUCACAUUAGCCCCAUGGGCUGUUCACAUUAGCCCCUUUUAGCGGCUAAUGUGAACAGUGGUUUUUAAUUUUUUUUUAAAUAAUGGUUAGAUUUAUGGUUUUUGUUAGUAAAUAAAUAGAUUCAGCUAAAAGAGCUGUAUACACUACUAUUUUUUCUUUUCUUCUGUCAUUUACCAUUUUUGAGUUAAUGUCAAAAGUUUACUUUUUUUGUUCAUAUUAGCCCCGGUUGACCCUAAUUGUUUAGGCUUCAGGAUCAACUAUAUUUAUAUACAGGGUGUCCCGGAACUCUCUACGAAUAUUUUAGGGCAUUGAUCCUGGGUAAGAAACGUACCUAAAUAUCAUAUUUAAAUUGUCCGGAAGUCCUUAGUUACUCACACAGCCGCCAUUUUGCUUUUUCAGUUAUUAAUUUUUUUCUAAAGAAUGGUUAAACAUACGAAAUGGAAACUUUGCACAAACAUUUAUGCCAACUAGACAAAGCUACAAAAAAAUUAUGAAGAUUUUUCAAAUUCAUAAAACAAAAUGGCGGCCAUUUAAAAUUUUCUUUCUUAAAUAACUCAAAAGCCAUUGAUUUUACAAAAAUUUUAAAUGACCGCCAUUUUGUUUUAUGAAAUUUGAAAAAUCGUGACAUUUUUUUGGUAGCUUUGUCUAGUUGUCAUAAAUGUUUGUGCAAAGUUUCCAUUUCGUAUGUUUAACCAUUCUUUAAAAAAAAUUAAUAAGUGAAAAAAACAAAAUGGUGGCUGUGUGAGUAACUAAGGACUUCCGGACAGUUUAAAUAUGAUAUUUAGUUAUGUUUCUUACCCAUGAUCAAUGCCCUAAAAUAUUGGUAGAGAGUUCCGGGACACACUGUAUAAACAUUUAUAUUAGUUAUUGCUUUUGAAUAAUAUGUAUAUUUUUUGUUAUGUUAAAGUUUUAAUUUAUAACUGCUACAUAGUCUUAAAAUGAAUAAACAAUGUAAACCCAACAGAAAUGUAAUUUUUACUUUCUCCUCCUAUACAUAGUAUAUGGAGAAAGUAUUGUUUUCGUCAACAUUUUUGAGUUUAAGAUUUUAGUGGAUAUACCCAUUUUGGGUCCCCCUGAACCCCAAAAAGUGAUUUUUGAAGUGAUGUCUGUGUGUCUGGAUGUGUAUAGAUAGACCACACCUGUAGUCCGAUUUUGAUAAAAUUUUGUUUGUAGGUACUAGUCCAUGGUAUCUCCACACGUUUUUUUUUCCAAUUUUUUUUUAAAUUUGGAUUUUUAUUGUUGAUUUUUCAUAAAAUGUAUAACGGAAAAAUCAGAUUUUCUCAAAAAUGGCCCAAACGAUUUUGAUACAAAUUUAGUAUGUUGUAGCCCUUUAAAUCCUGAACAAAAUGGUAGGCUACUACUCCCAUUUCCGUAAAACUUACAGUUCAAAAGUUAUUGUAAAUUAUGUUAUUUUCCCAUAAAAACCCAUAAAAUAAGAGGAAAUCAUAUUUUUUUUAAAAAAGCCUGUUUUGAUUGUAACCACAUAUUUAUAAAUUAUUUUCUACUUUUUAGUACCUUUAAAAACGAGGUAUUAUAAAAGGUUUUUUAUUUAUAAAUUAUUUUAUAAAUUUAUUUCAUUUUUCUUAAACUUCUGUUAAACUGUUUUAUAUUUGAAUGAAAAAAUUUGUAAUUUUCUUUUAGCGCAUUUCCCAUGUAGGGAAUAAGCUACUUAAUACUGUCUUGGAAAUAUUAUACGAUUUCAUUUUAUUUCAAUCGCUCACUGAGCUAUUUCAUUGCGUUGGCUUGCAGAUGGAAGGAUACGUCUGGAAACCAACAGAUGCGAUGUGCGUUCACCCAUUUAAUAAAUAGGGUAGAAAUAAUUUUGUAGGCGCGCAAAUGUUUGCCAACAGACGGACGACGGGUGUGUGUUGGUCUUAGUGGUUAGACCGCAGGACUUCUGUCCAUUCAAAUCAUACCAGUUAACAGCUUUAAUCCCAGAUACAAAGCAGCAGACCCUUUGGUUCAAACCCCGUCUUGGACUCAUCUAUCAAGUAAUAAAGAUAGUUCUCUUGGAUGACGUGAACCAAGUCUCCAUGUUAAACACCUCCCAUAAAAAAGCCACACAUGCAAUUAUUUAAUGUGCCAGUUAGAUUAAAACUUAUUUAACAAUCUGUUUGUUGAUACUACUGUAGUUUGUUUUAAAUGACUGCAACCAUUCUCUCAAAGAUUGAAAAGCUACAGUGUUAGCUAAACGGGAGUGCCAAUAGAGACCUGUGGGGGUGCGUGCGUGUGAAGGAAGUUGACCUGGUCUCCAUCGGCACUCCCGUUUUGCUAUUACUAUAUAUUUUUUAUAAAGUCUAAAUGGUGAUAAGUCUUAUUUAUACUUUUGUCAUGUUCAUUCAUUCUGAAUUGCUAGGUAAUCUGUGAUCCUUUGUUCACAGUUCAUUAUCAUCAAAUAAAAAUAUAGCUUUAGUCAUUAGUGUAUUUAUUUGUGUUGUAUUUACAAAAUCUUAUUAUUUAUUGAAAUACCUAAGUCCAUCCAUUUAUUCAUUGCUGUGUUUUUUUAUUUAUACCCAAUUUCUAUGAAUAAUAAA